GAAGAUACGCAAGGAUAAUGCGGAAAAAACCUUGCCUAGAGCUGCUGUUCUCUCUAUUUGGAGUUAUCAGUGCGCAAGGAUCAGUCGAAGAGCUGCUUUACGUACAGGCAGUCUGGAGACACGGCGAUCGAGCACCCAGCAAGCUGCCUUAUCCGAACGAUGUGAACAAUGAAACAAUGUGGCCCCGAGGCUGGAGUCAACUCACAAAUGUACUAACAGCAAUCUGGAGACACGGCGAUCGAGCACCCAGCAAGCUGCCUUAUCCGAACGAUGAGAACAAUGAAACGAUGUGGCCCCGAGGCUGGAGUCAACUCACAAAUGUACUAACAGUUUGAUG